AGGCAGCAGCUGGAGAUAUCGUGGCACUGGCGGGUGUGGACUGCGAGAGCGGAGUAACGUUCACUGACGGCAAGGCCAAGAUCACGUGCAGCUCCAUGUUUGUUCCUGACCCAGUAAUGUCCAUCGCCAUAGAUGCCUCCCGGGAUGACCAAGGUCGAAUGCAGAAGGCGUUGAGAAGGUUCCAACGUGAAGAUCCCACCUUCCGCGUGGAAGUGAAGCAAGAUACGAAUGAGACCGUCAUCUCCGGCAUGGGCGAGCUUCACUUGGAGGUGUACUGUGAACGCAUGCGGCGGGAGUUCAAGGUAGAAUCUCUAAAGACUGGUGAGCCGAAGGUGAACUACAGAGAGACGAUCACCAACAAAAUUGCAUAUGAGUACACGCACAAGCGUCAGUCUGGUGGACGUGGGCAGUAUGGCAAGGUCAUGGGCUAUUUUGAGCCAAUCCCGGAAGAGGAACACUUAGAUGACAAGGAGGGCAUUGAAUUUGUCAACAAGUUGAUUGGUCACGACAUCCCUCCUUCAUACGUUCCGGCCAUUGAGAAGGGCUUUCGGAAUGCCACGUCGAAGGGGCUUUUGACGGGAAGUCCACUGAUCAACAUGCGCUGUGUCUUGGAGGAUGGUGCAUCUCAUGAGGUGGACUCAUCCGCUGAAGCUUUCCAAGCUGCUGCCCAGGGUGCAUUUGACAAUUUCUACCACGAUGCCAACCCGGUGGUGCUGGAGCCAAUGAUGGCAGUCGAGGUGACGUUCCCCUCGGAGUUCCAAGCACAAGCGCUGCAAUCGCUGAACACUCGCGAGGGCUCUAUUCAGAGCACCAAGGCCGUCUCCUCCGAUACCUCCCUGGUGGAGGCGCUGGUACCCCUGCGACGGAUGUUUGGUUACUCCUCAGAUUUGCGCUCUGUGACUCAAGGACAGGGAGAAUUCUCCAUGGAGUUCAGAGAGUAUUCCGAAAUGCCACAGCAAAGAGCAGAGGAGCUGAUCGCAGAAGUGCGAAGGCGAGCAAGAGAGGCUUGAGUCUGAUGCGAGCCACAGCCGGAAGCAACGAUAGAGUCAGUCUGAAAGUUGUUAAGCGCCUGAAAUCAGUGCUCAACAUGUAAGGAGGAUUCUUACUCAUGGCAUGGAACCGGUGCAAGUUGCAGUAAAAAAUGACUAGAAUCAUCAUGUUGCGGACGGCGUGUUUGCUGAGGGCAAAUUUUUGAUUCCGGCUCUUUUUGGUUUGGCAUGCCUGCCACUGGACUGCACGGGGCCAAGGGCUGUUGGGAGGCCGCAGAUGCUAUCGCCAUUCAGUUGCGGGGCGCCCAACGGUCACUGCUAGUUGUGCUUCCAACAAUAAGAUUCAGAACAGACUGGCUGAGCCAGAUUCGGAAGCCCACGCCUAGCAAAUGCUUUCGAUUUUCGUCAAAGCCACAAAGCUACUGGCUGACAAGUCACAGCACACUGCGAGCUGCCCAGAUUUGCAUCUACCCCCUUCACAGGAGUGUUCUUGGAAAUCUGUACAACAUGGGAGUCCCCCAUGAAAGCAGCGGCUUGCGAUCUUGGAAGAUUGCGCUGGAUAUCGCACAGAGUGCGAUCUUGCGCUUCUCUUCAAACAGUUUUCAGCCGCAUUUGUUCUCUGUGAUGCGGGUUUUGAGCGAAAGCCAGACCUUCUGGGAUGGCACGAAGUUUUGCGUCCGGCCUGAAACCGGAGUU